CCCAGGGACUCUUCAACGCUUGACGUCUGCGGGAGCCGCUUCGGGCCAGCCGCUGAAGCCAGUUCCUCCCCUUUCGCUUUUGCCGGCGCUCCGGGUGGGAGAGAGCCAGGCGGAGGCAAGUGGGGGCAGAGGGAGAGAAGGCGGCCGGCGCCUCGUGCUUCAGCCCGACGGCCGGCCGGCCGGCCAGCCAGGCAGAGGAAAGACAACACCAGGAGCUGGUGGGAUCUUUCUCUACUGACCGAUUCCCGUUCGGCUUCGGAAGUGGCUCUGAGCGGCCGGCGGGGCUGCGGGAUCAGCCACCUGAAGUUCAGAGUCCAGCCCUUGCAGAGAAGAAGAGGCAGCAGCUGCUAUGAUCCAGACACUGGUCUUCCUUCUGUUGCUGGCUGGGAAAGGGACUACAAUUACCACCACCAAUCCCCGUGUGAAGCUCUCCUUCCAUGACCUGCAGAUGCGACAUGGACUGCGCACCUAUGAGUUGGAACGCUCUUGUUGCUAUGAUGCACUGCUCCUGGACGAAGAGAGGGGCCGACUUUUUGUGGGGGGAGGAAACUAUUUGGCAUCCUUGAGCCUGGACAACAUUAGCAAGCAUGACAGGAAGAUUUAUUGGCCCGCACCUGUGGAAUGGAGGGAGGAAUGCAACUGGGCAGGCAAAGAUAUCAAUGCCGAGUGUAUGAAUUUUGUUAAGAUCCUGCAUCUCUACAACCGCACACACCUGUACGCCUGUGGCACUGGGGCUUUUCAUCCCAUCUGUGGCUUUGUAGAAGUGGGGCAGCGUGUGGAGGACUCUGUGUUUAAGCUGGACCUCCGGAGCCUGGAGGACGGCAAGGGCAAAAGCCCGUAUGACCCAAAUCACAUGGCUGCCUCGGUUCUUGCAGGUGAAGAGCUUUAUUCUGGUGUGGCUACUGAUCUGAUGGGCCGAGACUUCACCAUCUUCCGCAGCCUGGGAUCGAGGCCCUCUGUCCGCACAGAGCAGCAUGAUUCCCGAUGGCUCAAUGAACCCAAGUUCAUUGAUGUCUUCUGGAUCCCAGAGAGUGAGAACCCCGAUGAUGAUAAGAUCUUCUUUUUCUUCCGGGAAACAGCAGUGGAGGGAUCCCAAGGCCUGGGCAAACAGACUUUUGCACGCAUUGGGCAAAUUUGCCGGAAUGAUAUGGGUGGGCAGAGAAGCUUGGUGAAUAAAUGGACAACAUUCCUGAAGGCCCGGCUGGUGUGUGCAGUACCAGGCAAUGAUGGAAGUGACACCCAUUUUGACCACCUCCGUGAUGUCUUCUUAUUGCCAACCAGGGAUAAACGUAAUCCACUGUUAUAUGCAGUUUUCACCACCUCCAGCAUGGUUUUCAAAGGUUCUGCUGUCUGCGUGUAUCACAUGAAUGACAUCCGCAGAGCUUUCCUUGGUCCUUUUGCUCACAAGGAGGGGCCUAACUAUCAGUGGGUUUCCUAUCAAGGCCGUGUCCCUUAUCCCCGCCCAGGAACGUGUCCCAGCAAAACCUUUGGCACUUUUAGUUCCACCAAGGAUUACCCUGAUGAUGUGAUCCAAUUUGCCCGUAACCACCCAUUAAUGUAUAAUCCAGUACUGCCCCAUGGCCAAAGGCCUGUCUUCCUGCAAACCAAUGUGGACCACAUCUUCACUCGCAUUGCAGUGGACAGAGUGGCAGCCGCCGACGGUCACUAUGACGUCCUCUUCAUUGGCACAGACAUUGGGACAGUCCUGAAGGUCGUCUCGGUGCCCAAGGAGUCGUGGCAAAACAUGAAGGAGUUGCUGCUGGAGGAACUGCAGGUGUUCAAGGACUCUUCUCCUAUUACUAGCAUGCAGAUCUCAUCCAAGCGGCAACAGCUGUACCUGGGCUCCAGGACUUCCAUUUCCCAGCUGCCCUUGCACCGCUGUGGGAUGUAUGGCAAAGCUUGUGCGGAGUGCUGCCUAGCGAGGGACCCCUACUGCGCCUGGGAUGGCACCACCUGCACUCGAUACCUGCAGAAUACCAAACGGCGAUUCCGACGCCAGGACGUGAGGAAUGGAGAUCCCAGUAUCUUGUGCUCUAGAGAUCCUCAGAAAGCCAGCGUGCCAGAAAAGAAGCUCUAUGGAGUGGAAGGCAGCAGCACUUUUCUAGAGUGUCUUCCUAAAUCACUGCAGGCCAAGAUUGUGUGGACGUACAAGAAGACUAGCAGUGACCCCCAGAAGGAGGUAUUGCUGGAUGAUCGGGUCAUCAGGAUGGAGCGGGGAAUCCUGUUGCGCAAUGUACAGCGCAAAGAUGUUGGCUUCUAUUAUUGUCAUGCAACGGAGCAUGGCUUUACCCAGAGUCUGCUGCACCUCCAGCUUGAAGUGAUCUAUGCCCAGCAGGCUGACUCCCUCUCCCUCUCUUGGGAAGAGGAAUCCACACAGCCCUUCCAUCGCAAGCUUUGGUAUCAAGAUUUCUUACAAUUGGUGGAUCAUCCCAAUCUCAGCACCGUGGACCAGGUGUGUGAGCAACUAUGGAGCCACAAGAGCCACCAGCCCAAGAAAAAGCCCCCUCCGUUGCCCCCUUUAUUUAGCAUCAAGUCUAAAAGUCAGAAGUGGAAACAUCUGGAGGAGAAACGGAAACCCCGCAGCCGAAGAACACAUGAAGUGCCCCGUGCAGAAAGGGCUCCUCGGAGCACAGAUAUCUGGUGACCUGUAGGGGGGGUGCACGUAUACAAAUCUCUGUGCUGGGAAGGGCCAGGGAAGCAGGGUGGGAGUAUGGGAAUAGUGGGGUAGGAGAGAAAGAGCAGGAUCUUUUAUGGCUUCUGUGGUUGGGUGGAAAGAACAUCCUUCCACACCAGCCCCAUACUCCUGGGUGCUGCUUCUUGUGUAGUUUGUAGGGCAAAUGGGAAUGUUGGUGUCAUAGCAAAGCUGCUACUCUUCAAAAUCUUGAGAGAGAGCAACAGAACCUGACUAAGAACAGGGGAAGCUCUGCGCUUCUGGCCUGUUCACAAUACACUACCAAAGACAAGGGUACCAGCCUCCAAGGACCAAAUGCACCAGAGGCCACAUCCUGAACAUCCCUGACCAGUAAGAAGGAAAACAGGCAGAAUUAGCUGGGAAAUACAUUUCUUUUCUGCAAGAAUCCAGUGGCUACCAAAUGGUCACCUAGGGACUUCUACUGCUCUUUAUCUCUGGAGCUUCCACUGAUGCUCUGUCAUCCCCUGACGAGGACAGCUCUUGGAUGCCUCUCACAAUGUAUUUGGUCUAAACCUUGGAGCAGAAUGUUGACCCUCUUUCCUCUCCCUUCCUUAUCCAAGCAUAACUGCCUUGUGUGCUUAAGUAGCCAUUGUGUGCUCCACCUCCAGAAACACAACGCAACCACUGAUGUAUUUAUUAACAGACUGUUUACUGAUGAAUGUAGUCCACCCCUGGGUGGCCAUCAAGAUUUAGCCUCUGAUGGAAGGAACAGGGCUGUUGUUGCCCAGAGAACUCGGAGUUCAUUUCCGACUGAGAUUUUCUGGGUGUUAAGUUUGUAUGAGAAGAUAUUUCAAGUUGUGGUGAUGGAGAUGCAACAGCAGAGGAACCAAGCAGCAAAAAUUGCCCCUCUCAUCUGUAUUUAGUCAGGGGCCCAGAAUAUUUUUUGCUAGCCUGAGACCCUCUCCAGGGAAAGAGCAAUCUGAAGGAGAUCCCUGCUGGGAGCCAUAGUUUUGGGGACACUCUAGUUCUGGAGAACCUGUAAAUAUUGGAAAUUAAUUAGGAGCUGGUUGUGAUCAUAUUGGUAUGUGAAGAAAACCAGCUGCCCCUGCUUUGAACUGUAUGUCUCCCAUUGUUCCUGCUGGGGAGAUUACCAUCAACCAACAUUUGAUUCCCAUAUAAAUCUGGUUGGGGACCUGAGCUGCCAGCCACCAAAGCUCAACUGUAAUCCUGAAAAAAGGCUGGUCCCUCCAAGAUCCCAGUUGGCUCAUUUUCAAGCCUCUGUUUUGGAGCAAUUUGUGUGGCACUCAGAAAGACCAUACCAUUCUCAGCCUGUUGCCUGGAUGGAGUAAUCUGCCUUUCAGAAAAGCCCUGAUCAUCCUUUUGCUUGUUAUUCUGUAGAAAAGCAAGCUUUAAGGUGCAGGUAUUGACUUGGAAGAGAUAGCAAGAUGGAUUGGGCUGUGAUCUGAGGACCAAGUGUGUAAUACUCCAAGUCCACUGGAGUUGGUCGGCCAAUAAAUUUAGAUAGAUUAGAUCAGAGUUUCUCAACCUUGGCAAGUUUAAGAUGGGUGGGUUUCAA